AUGCAGGAGACGCGUCGCAAGCUCAUGGAGGAGCGUGGUUUCGCGCGCCCCCUGCUGCUGCUGCAUCCGCUGGGCGGGUGGACCAAGUCGGACGACGUGCCGCUGUCGGUGCGCAUGGCGCAGCACCUGGCGUGCCUGCAGGACGGCGUCCUCGACCCCCACCACACCCUCCUGGCCAUCUUCCCCUCGCCGAUGCUCUACGCCGGGCCCAGGGAGGUCCAGUGGCACGCCCGGUGCCGUCUUGUGGCCGGCGUCAACUUCUACAUCGUGGGCCGCGACCCUGCCGGCUUGCCGCAUCCAAGUCAGCCCGGCGACCUCUACGAUCCAACUCACGGAGCCAAGGUGCUGUCAAUGGCUCCAGGUCUUCCAGGGCUAGAGAUUGUGCCGUUUCGAGUCGCCGCCUACAACAAAGUUCACCACCGAAUGGAGAUAUUUGAUGAGGCGAGACGCGACGAGUUCAUUUUCAUUUCGGGCACGAAAAUGCGCACCUUGGCUCGACAAGGCGAGCGUCCACCCAACGGCUUUAUGAGCCCCUCGGCCUGGGACGUUUUGGCCAACUUCUACAAACAGUCGAAAAGCUCCUCGUGA